CGCAGGGCCUCCAUCUUGCCUCGCACCCGGGGCUCUCCCGCUUUCCUUCCCCUGGGCCUGGUAACUAGAAAGAGGUCCGACAUGAGAGUGGCUGGCGAAGGCAUGAGAAGAGGAUGCCUCUAAGAAGGCCGGGAGCGGCGAGUAGCGGGCCGAAGGUGCCGGGCUCGGGGCCAGAUUAGCGCCGAGGGGGGAGCUACCGCAGCCCGCCACCUCUGUCUCCUAGGAACCAGGCCGCAGCGGUUGCCGGAUUCAAACUGCCCAAUCAAGUUCCAGAUUGGGAAAGGAGGCGGGCUUAGCGGCCACCAAUGAGGGCAACGGAUAUUGGGAGGUGUGGCCUACGUUCGUGAUUUCAAACCCUGCAGAGGAGCGGCCCGAGACCCUCUUCAGCGCCAGGCCCGCUCGGCCUCGGAAUUACUGUGAAGAAGUACAAGACGUUAAAGCAUCAUGGGAGAUGAUAGUGAGUGGUCGAAGUUGCCCAUUGAUCAGAAAUGUGAACAUAAGUUGUGGAAGGCCAGGCUAAAUGGAUAUGAAGAAGCUUUGAAGUUGUUUGAAAAGAUAGAUGAUGAGAAGAGCCCUGAAUGGUCAAAGUAUCUUGGACUUAUAAAGAAAUUUGUGACAGACUCCAAUGCAGUAGCUCAACUGAAAGGACUGGAAGCAGCACUUGCUUAUGUUGAAAAUGCUCAUGUUGCAGGAAAAACAACAGGAGAAGUGGUGUCAGGAGUUGUAAAUAAAGUGUUCAAUCAGCCUAAAGCCAAAGCCAAGGAACUAGGCAUAGACAUAUGUUUUAUGUUCAUUGAAAUUGAGAAGGGAGAAAUCGUACAAGAAGAGCUGCUCAAAGGCUUGGACAACAAGAACCCCAAGAUCAUAGUGGCAUGUAUAGAGACACUGAGGAAAGCACUAAGUGAAUUUGGUUCAAAAAUAAUCUCAUUGAAGCCAAUAAUCAAAGUGUUGCCAAAACUCUUUGAGUCUCGAGAGAAGGCUGUUCGAGAUGAAGCCAAACUCCUUGCUGUUGAAAUCUAUCGAUGGAUAAGGGAUGCUCUUAGGCCUCCAUUACAAAAUAUAAACUCUCUUCAGUUAAAAGAACUGGAAGAAGAAUGGGUCAAACUGCCAUCAUCUGCUCCCAAGCAAUCCAGAUUCCUUCGCUCCCAGCAAGAAAUGAAAGCAAAGUUUGAGCAGCAACAGGCAGCUGGUGGGGAUGCAGAUGGAGGUGGAGAUGAUGGUGAUGAGGCUGUUCCACAGGUGGAUGCUUAUGAACUUCUGGAAGCUGUUGAAAUCCUCUCCAAACUUCCCAAAGAUUUCUAUGACAAAAUCGAGGCCAAAAAAUGGCAAGAGAGGAAAGAAGCUUUGGAAGCGGUGGAAGUGCUGGUUAAAAAUCCCAAACUGGAGGCUGGAGACUAUGCAGACUUGGUGAAAGCCCUUAAGAAGGUUGUUGGAAAAGAUACCAAUGUGAUGUUGGUUGCUUUGGCUGCCAAAUGCCUUACUGGUCUGGCUACUGGACUUAGGAAGAAAUUUGGGCAGUAUGCUGGUCAUGUCGUCCCAACUAUCCUAGAGAAGUUCAAGGAGAAAAAGCCACAGGUGGUGCAAGCUUUGCAAGAAGCCAUUGAUGCAGUCUUCCUCACUACAACAUUACAAAACCUCAGUGAGGAUAUAUUGGCUGUGAUGGACAAUAAAAAUCCAACCAUCAAGCAGCAAACGUCCCUCUUCAUUGCAAGAAGCUUUCGUCACUGUACUCCUUCUACCCUUUCCAAGGCCCUUCUCAAACCUUUCUGUGCUGCUCUUCUCAAGCAUAUUAAUGACUCAGCUCCUGAAGUUAGAGAUGCAGCAUUUGAAGCUUUGGGUACUGCCCUGAAGGUGGCUGGGGAGAAAGCGGUCAACCCUUUCCUAACAGAUGUGGAUAAACUGAAACUUGACCGAAUAAAAGAGUGUGCUGAAAAAGUAGAGCUGGCUGUUGGCAGUAGGGUUGGUGCAGGAGCUGAUAGAAAAGAGAACAAGCCUGUUGCUGGGAAGGCUCCAGUUCUUUCAGGGGCUGCAGGGGACAAAGACACAAAAGAAAAUGCAGCCAAAUCGGGUCCAAUGAAAAAGGUGUCUGCUGCUAAGGCUGGUGGCCCAUCAAAGAAGAGUAAGCAAACUGCAGCUGGAGGGACAGGAACUGCUGGAACAAAAGGCAAGAAAGGAGCUGAUGUAAAGGAGACAUUUGAGCCAGAGCUUUCGAUAGAGAUGUGUGAGGAGAAAGCUUCGGCUGUCCUCCCAGCUGCUUGUCUACAGCAGCUAGAUAGUGGCAACUGGAAGGAAAGGCUUGCUUGCAUGGAAGAAUUUCAGAAGGCUGUUGAGCUGAUGGACAGAACUGAAAUGCCUUGUCAGGCCCUUGUAAGGAUGUUGGCAAAAAAGCCUGGGUGGAAGGAGACCAACUUUCAGGUGAUGCAGAUAAAGCUUCGUAUAGUUGCCUUGGUCGCUCAGAAGGGAACGUUCUCUAAAACCUCUGCUCUAAUUGUGUUGGAUGGUCUUGUGGAUAAGAUUGGUGAUGUGAAAUGUGGAAAUAAUGCAAAAGAAGCACUGACAGCCAUAGCAGAGGCCUGUCAAUUGCCUUGGACUGCGGAACAGGUUAUGUCCAUGGCUUUUUCUCAAAAGAAUCCAAAGAACCAAUCGGAAACAUUGAACUGGCUGUCAAAUGCAAUUCGAGAGUUUGGGUUUUCAGGAUUGAAUGUAAAGGCUUUCAUCAGCAAUGUAAAGACUGCUCUUGCAGCAACAAAUCCCGCUGUGAGAACAUCUGCCAUUACCUUAUUAGGUGUCAUGUAUUUAUAUGUGGGGGGCCCUUUGAGGAUGUUUUUUGAGGAUGAAAAGCCUGCUCUCCUUUCACAAAUAGAUGCUGAGUUUGAAAAAAUGCAAGGACAAACACCACCUGCUUCAACUCGAGGCAAUUCCCGAAAUACUGUCGGCUGUGGAGAUGAUGGUGAAGAAGGAGAAGAACUGGAAGAUGCAGGAACCGAUGUUGUAGAUCUACUGCCAAGAACUGAUAUCAGUGAUAAGAUCACAUCUGAAUUGGUGUCUAAGAUUGGUGAUAAAAACUGGAAGAUCCGAAAGGAGGGUCUGGAUGAAGUUGCAGGCAUAAUUAAUGAAGCCAAAUUCAUACAGCCAAACAUUGGAGAACUGGCAUCUGCAUUGAAGAAUCGUCUCAAUGAUUCCAAUAAAAUCCUGGUACUACAAACACUGACCAUCCUCCAGCAACUGGCCACUGCCAUGGGCCCAAAUAUCAAGCAGCAUGUGAAAAAUUUGGGCAUUCCCAUCAUCACAAUCCUUGGAGACAGCAAGAACAAUGUACGAACAGCUUCUCUAGCAACUGUGAAUGCCUGGACAGAACAGACAGGAAUGAAAGAGUGGCUGGAAGGGGAGGAUCUGUCUGAGGAGCUGAAGAAGGAAAACCCUUUUCUAAGGCAAGAGCUUUUAGGUUGGCUGGCUGAUAAAUUGCCCACUCUUCGGAGUGUUCCAUCAGACUUGAUUUUAUGUGUGCCUCACCUGUAUUGUUGCCUAGAGGAUCGAAAUGGAGAUGUACGUAAAAAGGCUCAAGAUGCAUUGCCUUUCUUUAUGAUGCAUCUAGGAUUUGAGAAGAUGGCCAAAGCCACUGGCAAGCUGAAGCCAAGUUCCAAAGACCAAGUGCUGGUCAUGCUUGAAAAAGCCAAAGCCAAUAUGCCUGCCAAACCUGUUCCACCUAAUAAGACAUCUUCCAGAGGGAUAGGAUCAGCUCCAGCCAAAUCACAAGCUGCAUCAGGUUCUAGUGAAGAUUUUUCAUCCAGCACUGUGGAAACCAAGCCAGAUGCCAAAAAGCCCAAAGCAGGAGGGACUGCCCCUAAAACCAAGCAUUCUGAUGUUAAUACAAGCCCCUCCAAAGGCAAUAGCAAUCUGACAAAGAACAGGUCUAGCAAACAGGGUAUACAAGGGAAAAAGGUACCAAGCAAGUCCAACUUGAAAGAAGAUGAUGACAGAUCUGGCCCAGUUUUUAUCUUUGUUCCCAAUGGGAAAGAGCAAAGGAUGAAAGACGAAAAGGGAUUAAAGGUUUUGAAAUGGAAUUUCACUACUCCUCGUGAUGAAUAUAUUGAGCAACUGAAGACUCAGAUGUCCAGCUGUGUUGCUAAGUGGUUGCAAGAUGAGAUGUUUCAUGCAGAUUUUCAGCACCACAACAAAGCUCUUAGUGUAAUGGUUGAGCAUUUGGAGAGUGAGAAGGAAGGAGUUGUGAGUUGUUUGGAUCUGAUUCUGAAGUGGCUCACCCUGAGAUUCUUUGAUACCAACACAAGUGUCCUGAUGAAGACCCUGGAGUAUCUCAAGUUGCUCUUUUCCAUGUUGAACCAAGAAGAGUACCAUCUUACUGAAAAUGAAGCCACCUCCUUCAUUCCAUAUCUCAUCCUAAAGGUCGGGGAACCAAAAGAUGUUGUGCGCAGGGAUGUGCGUGCUAUUCUGAAUAGGAUGUGCCUUGUCUACCCAGCCAGCAAGAUGUUCACUUUCAUAAUGGAGGGGACAAAGUCAAAAAAUUCAAAACAACGAGCAGAGUGUUUGGAAGAGCUGGGGUGUCUCGUUGAAUCAUACGGCAUGAAUGUGUGUCAGCCAACUCCAGGCAAAGCCUUAAAGGAAAUAGCAGUUCAUAUUGGUGACAGGGACAACACUGUCCGAAAUGCUGCGCUCAACACCAUUGUAACUGUUUACAAUGUGCAUGGGGAUCAAGUGUUCAAGCUGAUUGGAAAUCUUUCUGAGAAAGACAUGAGUAUGCUGGAGGAACGGAUAAAGCGGGCUGCUAAAAGGCCAAAUGCUGCUUUAGCAAGGCAGGUGGAGGAGAAACCGCAACGCAUUCAGAGUGCCAAUGCAAAUGCUAACAUACUUCGCAAGGGACCCGCUGAAGACAUGUCUUCCAAAUUGAAAAUUAUGUAUCGCACUUAUAGGAUCCAAGCCCGUAAUAUGAGUGGCCACUCAGAGACAAGUCAUGCUGUUCCACGGGAAUUUCAACUGGAUCUGGAUGAGAUAGAAAACGAUAAUGGCACAAUGCGAUGUGAAAUGCCAGCACUUGUCCAGCACAAACUGGAUGACAUCUUUGAACCAGUAUUGAUACCUGAACCCAAGAUUCGUGCCGUGUCUCCACAUUUCGAUGAUAUGCACAGUAACACAGCCUCCACCAUCAACUUUGUUAUUUCCCAGGUAGCCAGUGGUGAUAUAAAUACUAGUAUCCAAGCUCUAGCACAGAUUGAUGAGGUUCUGAGGCAAGAAGACAAAGCAGAAGCUAUGUCUGGACACAUUGACCAGUUUCUAAUAGCAACUUUCAUGCAGCUCCGGCUCAUUUACAAUACUCACAUGGCUGAUGAGAAACUGGACAAGGAUGAGAUAGUCAAAUUAUACAGUUGUAUAAUCGGAAACAUGAUUUCGCUAUUCCAGAUUGAAUGUUUAGCCAGAGAGGCAUCUGCAGGAGUGCUGAAGGACUUGAUGCAUGGCCUCAUUACCUUAAUGCUGGAUUCCAGGGUUGAAGACUUGGAGGAAGGCCAACAGGUUAUCAGAUCUGUUAAUCUCUUGGUGGUGAAGGUUUUGGAGAAAUCCGACCAGACCAACAUUUUGAGUGCCCUGCUUGUUCUACUUCAGGACAGUCUGUUGGCGACUGCAAGCUCUCCUAAGUUCUCAGAGCUGGUAAUGAAGUGUUUAUGGAGAAUGGUAAGACUUCUCCCUGAAACAAUUAAUACCAUUAAUCUGGAUCGAAUCAUGUUGGAUAUCCACAUCUUUAUGAAGGUGUUUCCGAAGGAGAAAUUAAAACAAUGUAAGAGCGAGUUCCCAAUACGGACACUGAAGACUUUGAUUCACACGUUAUGCAAGCUCAAAGGACCGAAGAUCUUAGAUCAUCUAACAAUGAUAGAUAACAAGAAUGAAUCUGAGUUGGAAGCUCAUCUGUGCAGAGUAAUGAAACAUUCCUUGGACCAAACUGGAAGUAAAUCGGAUAAAGGCACAGAAAAAGGAGCUUCUCGUAUAGAUGAGAAAUCACCAAAGGCAAAAGUGAAUGAUAUUUUAGCAGAGAUAUUUAAGAAAAUUGGCUCUAAAGAAAACACUAAAGAGGGUCUAGCAGAACUGUAUGAAUAUAAAAAGAAGUAUUCUGAUGCAGACAUUGAACCCUUCCUUAAAAAUUCCUCACAGUUCUUCCAGAACUAUGUGGAACGAGGUCUCCGGCUGAUUGAAAUGGAAAGAGAAGGCAAAGGGCGCAUUCCCUCUUCUACAGGGGUUUCUCCACAGAUGGAGGUAUCGUGUGUCCCCACUUCCACCAAUACGGUCUCUUCAUCUAUAGGAAAUUCAAAUGGGGAAGAGGUGGGGCCUUCUGUCUACUUGGAAAGGCUAAAAAUUCUCAGGCAGCGAUGUGGUCUUGACAAUGCAAAGCAGGAAGACAGAGCCCCAUUGACCUCCCAGCUGUCCAAGCCAUCACUCCCUACAGUUGCAUCCUCCACAGAUAUGCUCCACAGUAAGCUUUCUCAGCUCCGUGAGUCACGGGAACAAUACCAGCACAUGGAUCUGGACUCUAAUCAGACCCACUCCUCUGGCAUUGGAACCACUUCCUCCUCUGCAGCAUCCAAUAUUGACGACUUGAAAAAAAGACUGGAGAGAAUAAAAAGCAAUCGCAAGUGAAAUUGCGUGAGACAGUGUGGCUGUUGCAGAGCUGUCCUUCUUUAGUUUACUAAACUAGAAGUCUUCAUAGUUAACUGGCCUCAUGUAGGCCUUAUGUAUACAAACUGGUUUCUGUGUAUAAUACAGCAGAUCUUGGAGGAGGAUCCAAGUCAUUGUGGCACAAGUCUUUGUACAUACUUUGCUUCUCUGUGAGCAUUUCUUUACCGUAGAAGACUGUCUGUGUAUUAGUUUUAGUGUACAGAGCUGUAAACAACUGUCAUCCUUCAGUCCUGUUUCUCAUAACCUUUUAUUUGUUGAGUUUAGCUCCCUUAACUCUUAGAAACUUUUCAGUGGAUUCAUUUUUAAUUUAACGAAUUUCUACAUAUAAUCCUUGAACUGUUUCUGUACGGACGCAUGGCAUGAAGUAACUAAUUUAAAUGUCUUUUUGUAAAUAAAGUUUGCAUUAACUCUC